GCAGGGCUGGGUGAGAGGAUGCGGGCCAGAGACCAGUUCCCAGGCAGUGGCCCUGGCUGAAGGUUUCCUCCUGAGUCAGGCAGAGGAGAAGAGGCAGGCACAGCAGAUGUGGGGAGGAUCCAUGAAGGUGGAAGCAAAGUUCUCUGAGGUAGAAGGAGCUCCGUCAGAGGAAGGUCGGAGGGCGCAGGCCCAGGAGUUUGCCCAAGAUGCCCUGUCAAGUGGCAGUGAAGAGAUGUUAUCGAGCCGUUUUCUUUGCAGAGAAGUGGAAACGCCUCCUCGACCUCUGGUCCAGUCUCCAUUUUCCUUUGAGGAAGUGGCCGUGUAUUUCACCGUGGCAGAGUGGGGCCUGCUGGAUCUGGGCCAAAAAGAUCUCUACAGGGAAGUCAUGCUGGAGAACUAUGAAAGUGUGGCUUUUCUGGCAGCGGAUGUAGAGGAGACAGCGAGGGAAUUCCAGAGGUUCUCCUUGGAUAUAGUGAAGAAUGAAGAUGCCAAAGAAAGUUUUGGAGAUGGACCUCAGAGGCAGGAGGAAAGCCAUGCAGACUUCGGUGUACAACAGGAGGAGGUAGGCACUGAAAUAUUUGGAGUGUGGAUAAAAAAUCCAGUAGCACAUCAUACCUCCAUGUGUAGAUUCUAA